UUGGCAAAAUGGAGAAUUAUGAGCCCCUGGAAAUAAUUGGUACUGGCUCAUUCGGGCUAAUUCGUAAAGUAAGAAGAAAGUCCGAUGGAAAGAUACUGGCUCGUAAAGAGAUCGAUUAUCGGUGUAUGUGUGAUAAAGAGAAACAACAACUCGUGUCAGAGGUCAAUAUUGUUCGCGAACUUAAGCAUCCAAAUAUUGUGAGAUAUUAUGAUCGAUAUGUGGACAAUGAAAAUUAUAUGAUUUAUAUAAUUAUGGAAUACUGUGAAGGCGGCGACCUUUCUUCUCUAAUUAAAAAGUGUAGAAGAGAAGGGAAUUAUCUGCCAGAGGACAGCAUCUGGUUUUUCUUUACCCAGAUACUAUCGGCACUUCACGAAUGCCACUAUGGUUAUGGUAACAGCAAGAGUGACUCUCCGCAAACUAAACAUACCACAAUUCUUCAUCGGGAUAUUAAGCCAGAUAAUGUUUUUUUGGAUAGUAAUAACAAUAUUAAAUUGGGUGACUUCGGCUUGUCGAGGACCUUAAAUCCAGAAAGAGAGUUAGCACGGACAUAUGUUGGUACUCCUUUUUAUAUGUCACCCGAAUUAAUAACCAAAUCGCUUUAUGAUGUUAAAUCAGACAUAUGGGCUCUUGGAUGUCUACUGUACGAACUUUGUGCUUUGCAGCGCCCAUUUCAAGCCAUAUCGCCAUCAGAAUUGGUAUCUAAGGUUAGAAAGGGUAAAAUUCCACCUUUACCGUCACAAUAUUCGGAGGAAUUGAAUCGAGUCAUCAAAGCGAUGUUAGAUAUUGAUCCAGUUAACCGACCCAACACCACAGAAUUUUUUAAACUAGAAAGAGUAAGAAAUUGCAAGGAACAAAUGGAGAUGUUGAAAUCGAAUUCUGAUCUUAAACGUCGCGAGGAAGAAUUGAAUUCUAGAAUAAAACAGCGUGAAGAGGAACUUAGUUAUAAAGAGGCAACUUUGCACACACGCGAAAUGUUACUGGCUAGUAAGGAGGAGGAAUUGAGAAAUAGUUUCUCGGGACUUCAACUUCAAAAAGAGCAAUUCGAUGCAGAAAUUAAACGUCACGCUGAAAAUUUGAACGUGGAAAUCGAACGCCAGAGGGAAGAAUUGAGGAUUGAAUUUUUGGAACUUCAACGGAAAAGGGAAGAGAUAAACAAUGGCUUUUUGGAACUCGAAAAAAAGGAGAAUGCGUUUAAUGAAAAGGUGUUGAAGAAAGAAGAAGAGUUGAAAUGUAGCUUUCUGGAACUUCAACGACAAAAAGAGUUUAACGCGAUUUUACGAGAACGCACGCAAACUAAAAUUUUUGCGAACAGCUCUUAUGAAAAUAGUUUGAAGGAUAGUCAACAUCGAACUGAAGCCGAAAUUCCUCCGCUAAAGAGAACAUUUUCUGAUGUCGGAAUCAAGACUCAAAAGACAAUUGUAUUCCGACAAGAACUAUCGAAAAGCAGACCUAGAAAGUUGAUAUAUCGACCGUUAGAACCGUCGCGAUCUUUUAACCAAGAAUCCGUGGUUUCAAGUCAAAUCCCCAAAAAGAGAUUACGGACGGAAGAAGAAAUCGUUGUAUGGGAUCCUAAUGACGAUGACGCGCCAUCACCUUUUGUAAAGGAACGAAGGACCACUAAGGUUAUAUAA